AAAAGUAUCUCCAUUGAUAGAGCGUCAUUUGUACGUAAUGGAGUCGAUGUUCUUUUCGACGAGUUGUAAUUGAAAUAAUUAUAUAAUUUUCGACGAAAUAUCACAUAAAACUGUUUGUUAUUGUGUAUUACUGGAUUGCAGUGAAUGGUUAUAAAUAAUUUAUGGAUACCACAAGCACUAAUAAGCUUUCAAACAACCUCGUUUUAUCAAUGAGCGAUGAUCGUCCUUAUAUAAAAGCAAUUGCGGUGCGUGAACAACGCAUUUCAUAGUUUCGGCUGCGAAGCAGGACUUGCGUUAAUGGUUUUGAGGGGGCACCUUUGUGGACCACAGUUAGAUGAAGGUAUGGCCUCAGAUCAACCUGUGAAGAAGAAACAACGGAUCGAUGCGCCUGACAUCGACGAUGGUAGCGACAGGUCAACAGAGGAUGUGCUCACUGAUAUCUUUGAUGCUGAGACCACUCCUGCUGAGACGUCGGAGGAGUUUCCCUCACGGAAUGGUGAGUCUCCUGACAGCGGCACCGUCAGUGAAGAUGCUGUCGACUGCUCUAGUCUCCUGAGACUACCAAGUGACACCAAUGUUGAGAUCAUCCCUUCCUGUUCUAACUCUACACCACAUUGGAACUCGGAUGAUGACAAACUUCUUGCCGAGUUGAGGAUACUACAGGAUGCCCUUGUCGGUCAGUGUUUAUGUAGAUUUGACGAGAGAGCAGUUUCACAACUCUUUGACAGACAGCUAAAUAUUGUAUCCUGGCCGCUAACAUGUUCCCUAACUUAUUUAUCCACAAUGCAACUAAUGUUUGAUAUAUAUUUAAAACAAAACAGUACAGGCACUAUAUGUUCAAAAAUAAUGCAAGCAUGUGACAUAUUUGUUAGGAAUAGGCAUGAUUGGAUCACAGAGGUUGUGGAAUUAGCUGAUCAUAAAAGUAAAUUCAUUACUUUUGUAGCCUGCAGAGUACUUGCUAGCUUUCUAAUAGUCUCUAAGGAUACUGUAGAUGAGAAUUGGCUUCAGCAAAUUGCUGAGAACAUCUAUCUGUUUGACAGGAUCAAUAGGAUCACAGUACAAAAGAUAAACUUCAGUCUAGAUAUAAUAAAGAGGAUAGUUGAGUGGAAGGAUGUGGAACAGCAUCCAUUAGAAGACAGUAGUUAUAUUAAUUCAGGUGGAAACAUGCAUGUGCAGGAGGAUAACCCAUUCCGGACAAGUGUGGGCUACAGUAGUGGCAGUGAUAUGCCAUCUAGUUCAAACAGUAACUUACAUAACGCUUUUUCAAAUCUGCAAACUCACAGUGCCCCAUCAACAUCCUCAGAACAAGAAAGACCAUCAUCAUUCAAACUUAACGAGCCAGUAUUAAAGUUAUCCUCAAAUGAGCAAAGAGAGAUGGAACAGUCUGAGUCCCCUGAGCCUCCGCAGUCAAGGAUAGAGAGGGUCAAUGAACAUGGCUGUAUCACAGUUAUUUUGACAGACUCUGAGUCAUUUGACACAUCACACAUAAAAUGCUUGACAAUUAAAACAUUAGAGCAUCACUGGCCCGUGCUAGUUAAAAAUAUGAAGCUCCUUCUACUAAGGUACCUGAAUUUAGCUAAUGCUGAAAAUUGUAUAUUAACUUUCUUCUCACUAUGGGAGAACAUUAUAAGUGUAAAAGCGAAUCUCUCUGUUAUAGACACAAAACCUUUUUAUGCUGAUUUGCAGGGCUUUGUUGAUUUGUUAAGGAAUACAGUGAUGCCCAGUCUUAUAUAUACUCAUUUACUAAGUUUGUUCAAUGAAGUCCUGUGUUAUGGUUCAACUUUAGCUCUCCAGGACAUUUUGCCUGAAGAGAUAUGUUGCUUAGCACACUCUAUUGUGAGGUUCGUGAAAGAUUUCAGAUUACUAAGUGAUGUUAGUGUUCAGACGAGUAGGAGUAGUUUUGGCUUCUUGGGGCACGAAUGUACGAUACUGAGGGACUAUUCAUUAGGACCAGAGAUCGCGCCUUUAUCAUCGUCUAUCCAACUCGUAGAUCAGAGUUAUGGUGAAGACGAAAACGACGAUUCUGAACAAUCGAGAGGGGAAGUUGAUAAGACAAUGCUGCAGCGAAUGUCUCUACUUGUACUAAAGUCGGUCGCCGUCACGGUAAAAGAAAUGCGAUGCGAUUCGUCUGACAGCUCAAUUGAUUCGUCAGACUAUAACGCGAUACAAGACAUGCAAAUUGUCGAAAGAUCGAUACGGGAUGUGCUUAAAAAACUGGACGUUUUCAUCAGAAACAGUCUGGAAUUCCACCCUGAAACACCAUUCACGAAAAUGCUCAUACAUUUAUUCAGUGAACAGGAUGACUAUUUAAUAGAAUCCAUGGUAUGCACCCUCGAUAUAACAGUUGGUAUUGUGUACAGAAAUUCGAUGUACCCUGAUUUAAUACCUAUGCUGAACCCAAUAUCGUCGUUUAUCGAGUUCCUGAAGGUCGUAUCACAUGACAGUGAUGUCUUACUCGACUAUCUCGUAAGCAACGAGACCUGCUUUUUGCUUUACCUGCUUAGAUUCUUGAAGUAUGUCAGGAGAAACUGGCCGAAGUUUCUAGAGACUUGUCAGCAGUCAGAUGCAGGAGGGACGAGAGGUCUUGAUGAUACUAUGAGAGUUCUAAUAAGAUUGAGGUUGCAGAUAAGUAGGUUGGUGUCGAAAUCAUUGUUCCCAUACAAUAUAAGCCCUGUGCUAAGGUUGUUGGAGGUGUGUGAAAGCCUUUAUGAGGGAAAUGAGUUUAGCUGAAUAUUACAGCUAACUAAUAUUCUGAAUUGUACAAAAAAUCGAAGUAUAUAGUGCUGGACAAGAGAUGUGUAUAUUGAAAACCAUCUUUCCCUUUAUAUCUAAAAAGGUUUUAAUAUGAAAGAAAUAUGCUCAUUAUCUGACUGAAGUUUAUAAUACUGUAAAUGCAAAAAUUAUUAAACAAAAUGGUCUUGCAUUAAAAAUCGUUUCUACAAAGACUGCCAACUCAUUUAACAUUCCAAACUUUCUUUAGCUUCGCGUAGUUAUUAGCUAUUAUUAAUUUAUAUUAAACUUUAGUGUUGUAAUAUUUGUAAUAUUAUGAUUUUAAAUUAAGUUUAUAAUUAUGUAAUUAUUUUACUCAGUCUUCCUCUUAGAGUAUGUUCCUCUAAUAAUGCAAUAAAUUAAAUAUUGGGACAGUGUCUUAUUCAUAUACAAAAUGUCUUUUAUUGGUAAACUAUACUUGAAAUAUUUUGAUUGCAUCAUGUGAUCAAAACAAUGUUUCAAAAUGCCCAAUAAUGUGCCUUACCGUUAUGUAAAAAUAAGGUGCUCAGUAAUUAUAGUUAUAUUUAGAAGUAAAUAAUACAUUCUUUAAGAAAAAUAUUUAUAUCUAUUUGCAUAAUA